GGCUCCAGAGUUGGUCCGGCCCAGUCCCCUUCGAUCCGCAGAGGCAGAGUUUUGUCAAAGCCAUGGCAGCCCUGCGCGCGACUCGAGGUGGCUUGCGAUUUGCCGCGAAGGCAGGUUACACCUUCACCGGCCGAAGCUUUGCCCCGGCCUUUGCCCCGGCCUUUGCCCGAAGCUUUUCAGACCUGAGGUUUGCCCCCACUCACGAGUGGUUCAAGGCAGAAGGUGAUUCGGCAACCUUGGGCAUUUCAGACUUCGCACAGGGGCAGCUGGGCGAGGUGGUCUACGUUGAGCUCCCGGAGGUUGGUUCCAAGGUCUCGGCCAAGGACACGCUUUGCACCCUGGAAAGUGUGAAGGCUGUGGGUGAGGUCUACGCUCCCGUGGAUUGUGAGGUCACUGCGGUGAACGAGAAGCUUCAAGAUGAGCCCGCCACCGUGAACAGCUCCCCAGAAGAGGAGGGCUGGCUGGUGAAGGUGAAGUUCACUGGUGAUGUGAGCUCCCUCAUGGAUCGCGCUGCAUAUGAGAAGCACUUGGAGUCUGAGAAGACGGAGGAAUGAUGAGGCCGACCUUGAAACUCAAAUCGCUGAACGGGCCACUUAGAGGAGGGAUGAACAUGAACACAUUUUUUUCAUGGCCAAUUCGCACUUGCAUAUCAC